GCUGUACUGGACGUCAUGAGCAUAGUAAUCACGCUGGGAGUCACUACACCAGAAACGUCUUACACAGAUAUGGCUGCUGGAUCAGACCCUGAGUCAGUUGAAGCAAGCCCUGCAGUGAAUGAAAAAAACUACAACAACCAGAGCUGUGGCAGUGCACAGAAUCAUGGGUAUCAGGGACUACCAUAUGCUAUGCAACAGUCUUCCGUUGUGUGUUGUCAGGAUCACAACUAUGGCGCACCCCCUCCCCCAACCCCACCCGCCUCUCCACUUUCCCAGACCAUCAUUCCACGCAUGGAUCUCAAUAGCGUGGUACGCGGUUCCCGCUACCACGAAACCACAGAGGACAACUCUGCUGACAGCGACAGCUCGUCAGAGGAAGACGGAGCCGUGCCCAGCUGGUGCUGCUGCAGCCCGGCCCCCGACGGCUUGAACAGCAAGUGUCAGUGCAGAGAGCUGGACAGGAGGAAAGGAACAGAACAUAAACACAGGAAAGCUGAAAAUGUCUCAGCUGGAGAGAGCAGUGCAACAGAGAGUGGCGAUGAAGAGGUGUCACCUUCUACCAUCUCCUACACUGCCACCCAGCAUACACCCACCAGCAUAAAACUCACUGUCAACCGGGUCAAAAGCAGAAAAUCCAAAAAGAGGAAGAAGAGCAUGGAGAAGGCUCGUGGAACACCAAAGGUGAAGAAAGUGAAGGCUUUUCGUGAGGGUUCAAGAAAAUCAAUGAGGAUGAAGAACUCCACCACAGAGGCCAGUGUGCUGGAUGAGAACACAGCUGAGGGGUGGGAGAGCAGAAUUCGCCAGUGGACAGACCAGUACGAAGAGGCUCAAGCUAACCAGUACAGCGCAGAUAUCCAGACACUGCUGCAGCUACAUCGUUCUGCCUGCUCCACCGUCUCCAAAGUUGAGAGCGGCACCACAACGCCGCCUUCCUCCACACAGAUCCACGCACCAGUGGACAGCAUGGACACCAUCAACCGCACCGAGCUGGCCUGCAACAACACGGUCCUGGGAUCACAGAUGCAGCUCCAGCUGGGACGGGUAACUCGGGUGCAGAAACACAGGAAGAUCCUGCGAGCAGCCAAGAACCUGGAACCAGACACACUGAUCAUUGAAUAUCGGGGGAAAGUUAUGCUCCGACAACAGUUUGAAGUCAACGGGCACUUCUUCAAAAAACCGUAUCCGUUUGUGCUCUUCUACUCCAAGUUUAACGAUGUAGAGAUGUGUGUCGACGCCAGGACGUUUGGAAAUGAUGCCCGUUUUAUCAGAAGGUCCUGCACCCCCAACUCUGAGGUUCGACACAUGAUCGCUGAGGGGAUGAUCCACCUGUGCAUCUAUGCCAUCAGUCAGAUUACUAAAGACUCUGAAGUCACGAUUGGAUUUGACUACGAGUUCAACAACUGUAAUUAUAAAGUGGACUGUGCCUGCCAUAAGGGCAACCAGAACUGCCCUGUGCAGAAGCACAACCUGAGCCCCAGGGAGAGCUUGCUGAGCCCCCCCGUCGUGGCCCUCCCUUCCCCUCCUGUUGGCGCUGUGACCCGACGGAGGAAAGCUCAGAGGAAGGAGCUGGAGAGUUGUCUGCUCAGCAGCAGCCAUGAGCAGCAGCAGGGCAGCAGUGAUACGGAGGACAAAACACAGGAUGGGAUUAAAGUGGAAGAAGCAGAUGAAGGAGAUGUAGAAGAAAAUGGGAUCAUCUCCAGUAAAAGAUCUGUGAGCUGCCUGGACAGGAGGAGGAGAGCUGGAGGAGCUGAACUAAAGGAUGAAGGUGUGGAGGCUGAGGAAGCUGCAGGAAACCCAGCAGAGACCCCCUCUGUAACUGGAGUGGGGGUCAGCACACGGCGGACCUCCUACGUCACGGAGGCUCCACCUGUUGAAGAAAAGUUCCCACCCUCCACCCUGCCUGCCUUGGCUGCCCCUCCAAAACCUGUGAGACCUACAAAGCCCCGCUCCAAAAGUCGGAUAUCUCGCUACCGGUCCAGCUCAUCCCAGCGUGCCCGGCGGCAGCGCCAGGCUCUGGCCCAGCAGGCGGCGGCGGCGGCGGCUGCCGCAGCCAUGGCUGCAGCACAGGCAUCAGCUGAUCAGGGAGCUGCUCAGACUGACGAGGGGUCUCAGGGCCCAUAUGGUUCUGAACAUGGAGACUGCAGCCUGGGAGCGGGGUCACAUCUCCUGGACGGAGACGGUCAGGGUCCAAACAGCCUCCACAGAGGCAGCGUGCGCUUCCCCAAGACCAAGAAGUACCUGGUGACUGAGUGGCUGAACGAUAAAAACCCAGGGGGGGACAAGCUCCCCCAGGACGUUCCUGUAGAGCGCCCACUACGAAUAACUACUGACCCCACAGUGCUGGCCACCACCCUCAACAUGCUUCCAGGCCUGUCCCACACCUCGCUCAUCUGUACAGCACCCAGACACUACGUCCGCUUCGGCUCGCCCUUUAACCCAGAGAGACACAGGCCCCGCCCACUCCAGAUGGACGGCACCUACGGCUGCUACAAGAAGAGGUGGAUCAAGCAGGUGGAGGAUGAGAGCUGCUCAGCCAGUGUGGAGGACGGCACAGAGUCCACCUCGUCUCAGCAGAGCACCAGCAGCAGGUCCACACCCAACCCCCUGUGCAGUGAGGUCAAUGCUCCGUUUAAAAAGCGUCACCAUAAGUAUUUGACUGAGACCACACCGGCGCCUUCGGACCACCUGCUCCGGCCCCUGUCACCAAUCACGCCGCCGCUCCCCGAGGACUCCCUGCACCCGCUGCUUCCUCAGGGCCUCCUACUGCCCAACGGCCUGGCCUAUUCCCCGAUGCCCUCGCUGCCCCCCAGCCGCUGCAACACACCGCUUCAGUUUGAAAACAUCUCGUCCCCUGAAGCGUCUCCGGUACACCGGCAGGAGUCCAUCUCUCCAGAGGUUGACUUUGAUCCCUCGAAGCCUCAGUUCCUGGACCUGUCCCUCCCCUCCAGCAUGGAGAGUCCUGUGGCCGUUACCUCAGAUGACUUCUCUCUUCCCGGGGUGGUUUCAGGCCAGGACUCGCAGGGCCAGUCGUCUGUGGGGGGGUCGGACCUGGCCUCAGACACACAGAACAAAGAGCAGGUCUUCAGGACAGAGUUCAACCUCAUAUACACCUGCUCCCCCCUCAACGCAAACCUGGGGAAUCCUGUGGGCCCCGACCGGCGCCCCCCACAUCUGGACGGAGGCUUCUCGCCUGCAGACUCGUUCCACUGCUCCAGCCAGGGCCUGGUUGGAGACCUGGGGUCUGUGUCACCGUUUGCAGAGCCUCAUUAUGGAGCAGGCUACACAGACUGCAGCACACCCCCACACACCAGCAACCCUCCACAGAAAAAAAAG